CGCCGCCUCCAUUGUCUCUCUUAAAGCCUGCCCCUCUAAUCCUCUCGAUCCAUAUACCUCUCAUGAGCAAGCUUGCUUUGAUCUGAUUUCGUUAUCGCUUCUCUCUCAGUGAGUCUCAGGUACGGUAAAAAUGAUUCUGUCAACGAAGAAGAGGGAUAAAUAUUUUCAGUUAGCGAUUGAAGAAUUGGAGAGUAGGCGUACAGAACAAGAAGAUACACUCUGGAAGAUGGUCAGCACUAGAUUAUCAUCAUCAUCGUCAUCCAUCCCCAGAACUGCGGAAGAAUUAGCUUUCCUGAGUGCAAGGAGGGAGAGAGCAAAGAGGAGGCGUGCAAAUAUGAAAGCCUUGAAGGGGGACCUUGAUGCUAUUACGCUUGAUAUGGGAAGCAACAACACCUCGUUGCUUGACUCUGCAGGAGAUUCGAAUGAGAAUGAGACUCAGGCAAAGGCAAAUAGGAUGCAAGGUGUUGUACAUCCUCACAGAUCCGGUGAUGUGACAGGUGCUGACCCAUCUUCUGAAGAAUCAGAGCGCAGCACAGACACACAUGCAAGCCCCUCUAGUGGCUAUGAACCGAAAUCAUAAGCUUGCUUACUAGCGCGAUGAAGGGGAAUAAUCAUAAUAAUAUAACAUUAAAAAACUGUGUUUUCUGUUAUUAUUUAUUUUAUCUAUCAAACAAAAAGCUUGCAACUCGCGGUGCUCAUGUCUGCUGACUAUUAUGGUGUUCUGAACAAAAUUGCCAUAUCUUUGUCAUAUUAACCAAGCUUCACGUUUCUUUUUAU